ACAAAAAUGCACACAUGUGACAUAAUCAAAGCUCUUUUAUUUUCUAACUAAAAUAGUACACAUUAAUAUAAUACAAUACAAUAAUAUAUAUUUACGACCAAUUAUUCCUAACUAAUGUAUAUGGUUCAUAUUCCAUGGUCGUACAUUCACAGCCAAAGAAGAAAGAAACUGGCUACUAGCUAGCUUCAAUCUUUAUCUACCUUCUUCUAGGCCUUUUCUUUUGGUUUAUUUCCACGUACAUACAAUAGUUAAUUUUUGACCUUGUUAAAUAUGCCGGCUUAAUAAGUAGCCAUUCCCAUAGUCACAUCACACCCCCAAUAAACCAACUACCUUAAUAUCUUGAAGGAAGAACCCCAUUUCUCAUUAUCAGACACACCCCAUAAUUCCAUUUCUAAUUUUCCUUCUUCCCAAACAAUUCAAUCAGUAAUUCUCAACCUCAAAAUCUAGUCUUUUUCACACCUUAAUAAACCCCAUUUCUUGUUAUUGAAUUCUAACCCAACCUCAAAAUCUAGUCUUUUUCAUACCUCAAUAAACCAAAACCCCAUUACUUGUUUUUGAAUUCCAACCCAAAAUGAAUCUCAAGCUCAAAAACUAGUCUUUUACACCAUAAGAACUCAAAACCAACACACCCCAUUUUCUCUUGGUUUUGAAUUCUGGUUUGGACCAAAUAUGGUUUUGGCUACUCUAUUUACGUACUCAUUCAUCUUCAUAGCUUUAGGUUUGGUUGUUAGAUUCUUAUCAAAAACAUCUCUGGUUUUGAUUCUGGUUAGAACAUGGCAAUCAUUCAUGGACCAUUUUCAUGUAUACCAACUCUACAAAGUUCCACAAUACAAUGACCAUUUUCAGAAAAAUCAGCUGUAUAAUCAGAUAUCAACGUACCUGAAUUCUCUCCCUUCUGUUGAAGAUUCUGACUCUACCAACCUCUUCUCAGGUUCCAAAUCAAACGACAUCUUCUUCCACCUCGACGCUACCCAAUCGAUUCGUGAUACUUUCCUCGGCGCCAGAGUUUGUUGGACCAAUCAGAAAUCUAACACCGAUGGAAUCAAGUCUUUCGUCCUGAAAAUCAAGAAAAACGACAAGAAAAGAGUAUUUCGUCAGUAUUUCCAGCACAUUCUAUCAGUUUCAGAUGAAAUUGGACAGAGGAAGAAGGAGAUUAAACUUCACCUGAAUCUCUCGGGAGAAAACGAACGGUGGAGAUCAAUUCCUUUCACACACCCGGCUAAUUUCGAAACCGUCGUUGUAGACGCGGAAUUGAAGACAAAAAUCAAAUCAGACCUAGAAUUGUUUCUCAAAUCCAAGCAAUAUUACCACAGAUUAGGUCGCGUUUGGAAACGAAGCUAUUUACUCUACGGAGCUUCCGGUACUGGAAAAACCAGCUUCAUUGCCGCCAUGGCUAGGUUUCUCUGCUACGACGUGUACGAUAUCGAUAUCUCCAAAGUCUCCGACGACUCCGAUUUGAAAACAUUACUUCUCCAAACGACUCCGAAAUCACUCAUCGUCGUCGAAGAUCUCGACAGAUUCUUAACCGGGAAACGCACCGCUGCCAUAGCCGGCGGAGUGAGUUUAUCGGGAUUACUAAACUUCAUGGACGGUAUAAUCUCCAGUUGCGGCGAAGAACGAGUUUUGGUAUUCACGAUGAACAGCAAAGAUCAUCAAAUCGAUCAAUCCGUAAUGAGACCAGGUCGAAUCGAUGUUCACAUCCAUUUUCCUCUCUGCGAUUUCUCUGCUUUUAAAGGUUUAGCCAAUAAUUACCUAGGGUUAAAGGAACACAAGCUAUUCCCUCAAGUUGAAGAGAUUUUCCAGACCGGAGCGAGUCUCAGCGCGGCGGAGAUCGGCGAGUUGAUGAUAUCGAAUCGGACGUCGCCGAGUCGGGCUCUGAAAUCGGUCAUUUCGGCUCUGCAAAGCAGCGGAACCGGUCCGGCAAACGGAGCGAGUAACAAAAUGCUUCCGCCGCAACAUAGGCUGAGCAACAGCAGUUCUGGCCGGACCGGCGACGAGUCGGUUGAACCGGCGACGGUUUUUUGCCGGGAAAAUAUGCCAACUGUUAGUGAGUUCAAGAAACUAUAUGGGCUUUUGAGAUUGGGCAGUAGAAGGAAAGAAGAGCCCAUGGUUGAUUUGGGCUUGGGCCUUAUUGACAAUAAAGAAGGCUCACGUCACGAAAAAUAGUUUUUUUUUUUUUUUAAUAUUAUUUUUGUUUUUUUUUUUGUAAUUAUUUUUGUUUCUAUUACAUCAUGAAUUAUUUACAUGGGGUUAAGUAAGUUAACUCCCAAUUGGUCCAUUCCAUUUUUUUUUUAAAUUAGUUUUGUCUGUGUAAUAUAUUAAGUUUGAGAGAAUCUAAGAAAUAAGAAGUAGGGGAUAAAUGAAGAUCUAUUAAAUUUAAAUUA